AUGCCCACACAGAAGAACCUCGAGAAUGGCUGGGCACUCCUACAGCUGUUAUUGGUGGCAUCUUUUUCUCAGGCUGAGGUGCCAGUGUGCAGGCUUAGAGGAGAUCCUGACAACCCUGAGCUAUCCAAGGAUGGGGACAUUAUGUUGGGGGGAAUCUUCUCUUUCCACAACAAGUGGAAAGACAAACAGGAUAUCUACAUGCAAAUACCAUUACCACUGCAAUGCACCAGUUUGAAUUUCAGAGGGUUCCAGUUUGCCCAGGCUAUGCUUUUUGCCAUCGAGGAGAUUAAUAACAGCACAGACCUACUUCCUGGCAUCUCUUUGGGAUAUAAAAUUUACGAUGUCUGUGCUUCGAUUGCCAGAGGUGUGAGGGUCACAUUGGCCUUAGCUAAUGGUAAUGAAGUGGUAUCAGCACCCUCUGAGGCACCAUGUGCCAGACCUGCCCAGGUGCAGGCUAUCAUAGGAGGGACCUUUUCCUCUCCUUGCAUGGCUAUAUCUACUGUCAUUGGACCCUUUCAUAUUCCGCUGAUCAGCCACUAUGCUACUUGUGCUUGCCUCAGUGAUAAAACCAAGUACCCAUCCUUCCUCAGAACAAUACCCAGUGACUACCACCAGAGUAGUGCCCUGGCCCAGUUAGUCAAGUACUUUGGUUGGACUUGGGUUGGAGCUAUUAGAACAAAUGAUGAUUAUGGCAAUAACGGCAUGGCCACAUUUACAGAAACUGCCCAGCAGCUUGGCAUCUGUCUAGAGUACUCUGUAUCUGUCUUUAGAACAGAUCCACCAGACAAAAUACAAAAGAUUGUUGACAUCAUAAAAGCUUCCACUUCCAAGGUCAUUGUCACUUUUCUCUCCCCAACGGAUUUGUAUGUGAUAGUACAUGAGUUGUCUAACCACAAUUUGACUGGGCACCAGUGGGUAGGCACUGAGGGCUGGAUCUUUGAUUUCCAAACUGCAGCUAUGGAUAGCCAUCACAUUCUGGAUGGUGCCAUAGGCCUGUCCAUCCCCAAAGCACAUGUCAGUGGCAUGAGAGAGUUCAUGUUGGAUGUGAAGCCAUUCUAUUCAUCUAGUAAUGAUUUGUUCAUAGAGUUUUGGGAGACAUUAUUUAGCUGUAAAUUCAAACAGUCAAAGUCAUCAGCAGAGAAUGAGAGAGAAUGUACUGGACAUGAAGAUGUGACUCAAAUUUUACAGCAAAUAAAACAGAUUCAUUUCAAAACAAAGGAAGGAGACGAGGUUUACUUUAAUGAAAAUGGAGACCCAGCCGCAAAGUAUGAAAUUAUAAACUGGCAGCCAUCAGAACAUGGCAUUGUGGAGUUUGUGACAGUGGGUCUUUAUGAUGCAUCUUUACCUGCAGACAAACAGUUGAAUCUGCAAAAUAAAUCUUUAUUUUGGAAUCAGAACUCACAACAGGUGCCUUUGUCAGUUUGCAGUGAGAAAUGUCCCCCAGGAACUCGCAAGGUUCUGCAGAAAGGAAAGCCUGUCUGCUGCUAUGACUGUUUAAGAUGUGCAGAGGGAGAAAUGAGCAACAUCACAGAUUCUAUCACAUGUGUGAGAUGUCAUCCUGAGUUCUGGUCAAAUGAGAGAAGAGAUGCCUGUGUAAAGAAAGAGGCAGAGUUUCUAUCAUAUGAAGAGAUUAUGGGAGCACUGCUCACCGCAGCCUCUUUAUUUGGAACAUGCAUGACUUCUGUUGUGGCAUUCAUUUUCUUCAGAUACAGACAGACUCCUGUUGUCAGAGCCAACAACUCUGAGCUGAGCUUCCUGCUGCUCUUCUCCUUGAGUCUGUGUUUCCUGUGUUCUCUGACCUUCAUUGGUCGACCCUCUGAGUGGUCCUGCAUGCUGAGACACACUGCGUUCGGCAUCACCUUUGUCCUCUGUAUCUCUUGUGUUCUGGGGAAAACUAUAGUAGUGUUAAUGGCCUUCAGGGCCACACUUCCAGGUAGUAAUGUGAUGAAAUGGUUUGGGCCUGCACAGCAAAAACUCAGUGUUGUGGGUUUCACUCUCAUACAAGUUAUCAUAUGUAUCCUCUGGUUGACAAUCUCUCCUCCGUUUCCCUUUAAGAAUUUUAAGGAAUCUAAGGACAAAAUCAUCUUAGAGUGUGCUCUGGGCUCAGCUAUAGGCUUUUGGGCUGUACUUGGGUACAUAGGACUUCUGGCCAUGUUGUGUUUUUUUCUUGCUUUUCUGGCUCGGAAACUACCUGAUAAUUUCAAUGAAGCCAAAUUUAUCACCUUCAGCAUGCUGAUAUUCUGUGCAGUAUGGAUCACUUUUAUCCCAGCAUAUGUCAGCUCUCCUGGGAAGUUCAGUGUUGCUGUGGAGAUAUUUGCUAUUCUGGCUUCAAGUUUUGGACUGCUCAUUUGUAUAUUUAUUCCAAAAUGUUACAUUAUUUUACUUAAACCAGAGAAGAAUACAAAAAGGAAUAUGAUGGGGAAGGGGGCCCCAAAAUCAUUCUAA